UUUUAUAUUUAUUUUUAGUUACCUCGUGCGUUUAUAUUAAUUAAAAUAAAAAUAAUUUUUUAAUGAAUGUUGCUGAGUAUCCAGUUUAUGACACAGCAAAGACAUUUUUAUAAUCAAAAAUUUGAGUUUUGCUUUUUUAAACUGACAUUUAAUGAAAUUUAAAAGUAAAAGAAUAAUAUUCAUGAUUAUUUUUAAUGGAUUUAAUUGAUACUGCAAUCGAAGAACUUGCUUUAGAAGGAUUAGAAGGAUCAUGCUUAUCGAACUUAUGGAAACUCUUAGAAGAACGUCAGCCUCCAAUCAAUAAUCCUUUAGAUCAGUGGACGAAACCAUACAUUUGGAAGAAACUUGUUGAAUGUGAACAUGUCCAGUUUUAUUAUUUAGACUAUAAUGGAAAAAAACAAGAUCCACCUCUUGCAAAAAAAAAGGCUCUGCGUUUAAGUCUUACUUCUGAAUUUUGGAUAGUUACUGAUGAUCAUAUAGGCUAUUCUCAGACAUUCAGCUAUCGUGUAGAUGUAAAGCCUGAUAUAGUAAAAGAUGCUAUGUCCUUAGAAGAUGCUGAAAAUAGAUGGGGAGGUGAUUUGAUUAUGGUUAUUUGUCAACAACUACGACAAAGGAUUCUCUUUGGAAAAAGUAAUUCGCCUGUCAAUGAUGAUAUUACUCCUAUUCGCUAUAUCAUGCUUGAGUUGAUAGGAAAGACUCGGUGGAAAGGAUUUCAUCAGUCAGACUUUCGUAGUAUUUAUGGGCUAGAUCCAAGAUCAAGUUUUCAUCAUGUAAAAAUUCUUAAUCAUCACCAUAUGAUUACAAAACAGACUGUAAAUGUGGUAAAAUCCCUUCAAAACAUCACACUUAAUUGUCACGUCAACCAAGUAAUACCAAAUGUUAUGUCAACUAAAAUUAUUCACCUUUCGUGGUUUUCGAAUAUAAGCACUAAAAAAAUGCAUAAAUCAGCUUUUAAAGUGUGUCAGAUCUUAGCUGCAGCCCCUGACCAGAUAAUGGAACGAGCUCAUCUUAGAAAUCUCUGUCGGGAUAUUCAUGCUUUCAAAAAAGUGCGUCAAUGGCUAUUUCAUCAAGGUUACAUCAAUUAUAUUGUUAAUGGUAAAGUUUGGAAAGCUCAAAAUUUGCACCAAGAUGAGUCAGCUCACUUUCGUGCAAGUAAACCGUGCUAUGUAAAUCUUGUUAAUCAUUUUGAAUAUGGAGAUGUUGACGAUGAUAAAGAUGAUGACUUUCUUGAUUACAUUGACAAUUGUGACGACAUUGAUCCACAGUUAGUUUAUGAAGAAACGCUUCAUCAUCAAGCUUUUCAAAUUAUUGGUGCAUGCAAGGAUAAAGGUAUCUCAGUUAAGAAGCUAGCAGAGAUUAUGUGUAUACCACACCAUAUGACUCGCUCUAUCAUACGUUAUUUUGAUUCAAAUAAAGUUGGGCGUAUGAUAAAUGAAGAAGUAAAAAAAAUGAAAGUUCAAAGGAUUGUGGACAUUAGAUAUCUACACAUGAGUGAAACAGUGCAGAAAUUAAAAAGUAACAUAACUAUGUUUGACCAACAUAUGUCCCAAGAUUCUAACAACAAAUCAUUGGUUGAUGAUCAAAACUUAACACCUUUUUCAGUGAAGCAACAUAAUUUAGAGUUAGCAGAUAACAUAAAUCUUGUAAGGGUCUCUGAAAGAAGUAAAGUAUCUCUUAGACAUCUAUCUAGACAAAAUUUUAUUUUGGAAGCAUUGAAGAAAAAGCCUGUAAUAGUAUCAUUCACUGAUUUAUAUAGGGGUCUGCUUGAAAUUGAAAAUAAUGAACAAGGUUUGUGUUGUCGAAAGACAUUGCGAAAAAUUGUUAAAAAAUUGGCAGAAGAUGGUAAAAUAAGAAUCAUAAAUUUAGAAGUUGAUAAAACUGCAACACCUCCUACAUCUGUUUUACUCUAUUGUGCACAUAAUAUUACAGAAGAAUCUAAAGAGUUUAUUGAUGCUUCCGAAACAUUAUAUAAAAGAGUAGAAGACCGAGCUAAGCGAAUGAAAACCAAAGAAAAGAAAUCUCCUGAGCAUGAUGAAACUGACAUAAUGACUGACACUGAUGAUGAAUGUAAUGGCUUAAAAGACACUAAGUUACUACGUUCAAGUUGUUAUGGCCGUUUCAGGAAGCUCCAAGUUAUUCACUAUUAUUUGUGGAAGACAGUUUAUGGAGUAGAAGAAGAUCCAGACCAUCACCACUCUAUCAGCAAUGAAGAUACUGAUUUAAUACAAUGUCGGUAUGCUUGGUUCAAAGAAGUUGGGCAAUUAUCCAAAAAUCCUCAGGGAGAUGGUUGGUUUAAUAUUGGGGAGGUUAUUUCAAAAUUGCCUCUGCACCACAUGGUGAAUGUUAUUGGAAUUAGAUACAAGAGUGAAACUUUAGACAAAUUUAUGAAAGAUCCUAAACGCCGAUUUAUGCCUGUCAGUAAAUUGCCACCACGCCUCAAACACAAAUUAGUUGAUCAAAGUCGUCAUGUAGAUAUUUUAUCAGAUAUUUUAGUUUUUUUAUCACAAAUGGGACUGAUUGCUGUACAUCCUACUCUUUAUCCAGUGACGAGAACAGAGUUGAUGUUGUUUUUGAGAAGAGAAGCAAAAAUUCUGGAUACACGCUGCUCAGAAAAGAAUUACUGUCACACUAUACUUCCAGAAGGCAUAGAGUCAUUUCCAGAGACUGUUUACAAGUUUAAUUGCUUUGCUGAUGUAGAAAAAUACUGGACAGAUCUUCAUUUUAUUUGUUUGAAUACUCCUUUAGGAGUUACAAGGCAAUUGAGAAAAAAGUUUGUGAGCGAAAAAAAUACAAUAGAAGAAGGAGAUGAACAUAAAAAGAAAGGGCAACAUCGAAUUUAUCGUUCAUACACUGUAUUGCGAGAUUUUCAAGAACAUUAUGUCAACAAGGAUUUUAGCAACAUGGAGCCUGUUCUUUUUGGUAAUUCAUUAGGAGCUGGGGGUUUGGACUCAAUUUUUUUUGGUCAUUUGCCAAAAAAUUGGGCUCAUGGUAAAGUUCAAACAAAGACAAGAAGAUUUACAGAUGACCACCGUUUUAAAUAUGACAGCAAAAAAGAGUCUUUGGCUCCACUGCAGUCAAAAAAGAUUUUUGUGUCCAACAGUAUCAUUAAACUUAAAAAAGGGGGCAAGGGACUUAAACGAAAACUAUCUGUUGCUGCUCCUCAACUUUCAAAGAAAGAGAAAAUUGAAAGACAAUUGCAGUAUGAUCUUUUAAUGUCAAAACGCUACGAAAAGAUGAAAGAAAUUAUACGUGCAAGAGAAGUUACAAAAAAGGCAUUGCGCAGACAAAGAAUAGGAAAGCGUAUUUUAGAAGCAAGAAGCCAUGAUGAUGUUGAUCGUGCUGCUCUAAAACAGAUGACAGGAAAGCGGGUCACUUUUACUGAGAGAGAGGAUGCACAUAUCCUUAUGACUGAAAUUAUAAAAGACCUUAUGAGGCUACAAGAUAAAGAUCGCCCACUGUAUAAAGAACAUAUAAAAAUUAUGUGGAGAGCAUUUCGUGACAUAAUACACAAAAAUGUACCGGAGUCUCGAGAUAAAACAUGGAAUUCUUUGAACAGACGAGCACGAUACAUGAAAAAGUAUUACAAAAAUAUGUUAAUUGUAUACAAAACAUGUAAAGGAGAGCUAGAACAAAAUAAAGAAUUUAUGGCAAACCUGGAAUGUACUUCUGCUAACUGGAAAGAAAAAAUGGAAGAUGCAUUUAUUACUUUGAGAAAAACAUACAGCCAGCAUUUUAACCCUCAGUUAGAUACUAAUCAAUUUCCAAGCACAAUGAAAGAAUUGCAGGAGAACUAUAAGUUGGUGUAUGCUCAUAAAUUUAAUGAUGAUCAAGAGGAAAAUAGUAUUCUUUCAAACAAGUGUAAAAGAAAUGAAAGAUCGGUGCGUGUUGUUAUGCUACGAGAUCUUAUUCAUAAUGCACUUACUGCACACAAAUCUUCACAUUAUGUUCCAACAGAUUCAUUUUUGAUGUUUAACGCCUACCCUGUCUUAGAGUUAAAAGAAGCUGUUGACUUUUAUAAAAAUAACAGACUUGUGACGAAAAUACGAAUUCCUAACAUGCAAAAGAUCCAAACAUUACCAAUAUGUUCUACAAAGUUUUCAUUUUCUAAUAUAUACGAGCGUGUUUUAAGUUCUGUUAUUCCUAUGAAAGUUUUUUCUUUGGCUCGUGCUUUUUAUGUUCAAAUCAGAGAAGGAAAAGAACAUUCUAAACAAAUAAAAGAGCAAGAUAUCAUUGAUAUGCCUGAUGUGAAUUUUAGUGGAACUUUGAGGCUGAAUUUUGAUUCAAUUCUAGGUGGGCAUUCGGCUUUCUUAAUCAGUGCAAUAAUCUCUAAAAAGGUCAACAUGGACUAUGCUCUCCCAGAUGAAAUGCUGACAUGUGAUGAAUCACAUUUAAAAGAUUUAAAUGAGAGAGACUGCAAUUUUCAAAAAAUUACAUUAGAGCAGCGUACAAAGAGAGGGUGGAAAGCAUACAUGGAUAGUUUUCAAAAGCGAUAUCAAACAGAUUUUUCAAACAUUGAAAACCAUUCAGAAGAUAGUCUUGAAAAAGAUUAUAAUAAAAAGGGCAGUUUUGAAAAAUCACUGUGUCUUGAUUAUCCUCCUAAUUUUGAUUUAAGUAAAGAAAAUGAAAAUGCCAUGAUCAAAACAUUUAAUGAACCGAAACUUGAAAGAAAGCAAGUCUCAUCUUCAGACAGAGAUUCCAAGAGAUCUUCAGAUUGUGAGCAGGUUUUAUUUCCAUCUGAAAAUGUUACAUCUAGAAUACCCGUUAUAUGUGAGAAUCUCUCAUCUGAAAAAUGUUUCACUGCUGAGAAACCUGAAAACAAUUUAAUUAAAGCAGAAGACACAUUUAAUAAAAAAGAAGAUGCUGCUAUAAUAAAAAAGCCCAAAACAAUCAUGCGUACAGUUAAAUCUGGCGUUAUGUCAGAAAACGAAAAUCACAAUAACAAAAAAGUAAAGUUUAGUAAAGUAGAAGAGAAACAAUUAAAAUACUAUGGAUACGUUGUAUCAAAAUUAAUUUCUUGUGACAAAAGUUUGAACUGUUCUUUUUUUUCAAAACGUUGUAAGUCCUGUAACAAAAGCUUAGUGAAACAGUUUGUGUAUACAGCUGAUAUACCAUUGCGAAAUUCAAGUAAGAAAAAAAUGGUUUCUUUAAAUCAACUGAAAGAUACUAAACUUUGUGCUUCACAAACAAGUCUAACUUUUCAUCGAGAUUUAUCUGAUGAACAACCUAUACCAACCAAUACUAUGAACACUCAUGAUUUGAUGGUUAUUAAACCACUCCAGAUAACUUUAUGUUUGAAGAGUUCUCCAUAUUGUAAAUUGAAAUUUAAAGCCCCAAUCAAAACUGAGCAAAAACUUGUUUGGCAGAGAUUUUUAGAGAACAACGAGCCAGAAACUGAGGGUAUAACUACUGAUGAAUAUUGUAAAAUUAUCAGUAUUUACUUGAAAUUAUCAGAAGAUACUGUUUUGCAUCACUUAUCAAUUCUUAAGGAGAUAAAAUUAGCUGGUCUGAAUGGAAUAUCAAGAAAAGCAUUCAAGAGCGUGUUUAGUUACUUGCCGAAAUCAUUGUUAGAUAAUUCUGAAUUUCAUAUACAAACAAUGCUUAACUUCAAUAUGAUUUAUGAAGUAGGCAUUGAAGAAGGAGUCUUUGUUGCACCUAUGUAUGUUGCAAGCUGGUGCUAUACUCCUGCCCAGGUUUAUAAACCUAAAGAAAAAAACAAAGAAGUGAAAACGGAAACGGAAAAAGAAUCUUAUAAUGAAAUUGAUCUUGAAGAGAAUUUUAUUGAUUUUGAAAAAUGGCCUUUAGAAUCAACUAAUGCACCAUUGGUUUCUUCAGAACUCAAAACAACAAGAAAAGAAAAGAAAGAAGAGGAACUUUGUAGUGAGAAUGGUGAAAUCCCAGUAGAAUCAACUUCCUCUCAUGAUGUUGUAAAUGAUUCUAGCACACAAAUGCAGAUGAAUGAAUCAAAUAGUCGAGUUUUUAAAAUGGUCAAGGUGGCUCCCUGGUUAAAGUUGGAUGGGGAUUUAAAUGGAGUUCUUCUUAAACGUUUUCAAGAGUGUGUACUGUUAUUUGUUCUUACAAAUCCAGGUGUUAAAGAAAGUGUUAUCUUUAAACAUUUUGAAUCACUUCUGCGGCCUCACUCUCUAUGCAUUAUACUUGACUUCUUGGUUUUAAAUGGCUGUUUGUCGAAACACUAUCAACAAAAAAGACGCGUUUCUUUGUUUAGUUCAACAUUCAGUGAUUUUGGUGACGGUGAAAUUUAUUACCUCCCAUUAACUUCUUGCUUUUUAAACAUGAUGGAUAUGAAUCGAUGAGAACACAGCUGAUUUUUGAAUUCCAAUUUAGCAAUAUCAAAAUGUAUUAUAAUGUUUAGUACAUUUUUAUCUUUUUAUUUCUGUAUAUUGCUAUGUAAGUGCACAGAUGCGUAUUUCUUUACAAGUAUUUGUAAAUUAGAGAGAAAGCAGAACUCAUACGGAAGAGCUCACACUAAGACUUGGAAAGUCAUAUAUGAAAAUAAGGAACCUAUCCAUCAGUUUUUUAAGAACUUUUUUCAAAGUUUUUAUUAAUCAAUUUUUGGAUAAUCGCGCAGAUCAAUCUUGGGUCGUUUUGAAGUAACCAAGGUUGAAUAAUUGUUAAACGAAUUAUUGAAUGUCUUUUUUAAAUUUUUAAGAGUUUUUAAUUUUUUUAUAAAAAAUGAAAAUGUGGUUUUAAUAUUAUUAUAAAAUAAAAAUAAGAAAUCAGGUCAACGUAUUUUUGAAAAUUCGUAACUUGGUGUUUUUAGCGUAAAGUGUGUAGUCUUAUGGUAGCAGAACCCCCCCCCCCCGGAUUUUUAUUACAGCGUAUAAAAUGAACUAUAUAUCAAUAUAAUAGUUGUUUGUAAUAUAAAUAUUUUAUACAUACAUUUUAUAAUACAAACAAAAUCUUAA